CCACAGCCUGAAGAUUUCACACAUAAAUAUGCAUGACAAGACCACAGCACCGCAAGACAGCCUCAUGGUCUCAGAACAAGAGCAGAUAUUUCUCUGUCUUCUGUAGUGUAAGAAGUUAAUGCAUGAAGAGAAUGAGCAGACUAGAGGAAGCGAAGGGCCGAAUCACAGUGGUGGUGAAGGUUUAAAUGGUGGAUCUACUCUGAGAUGAAGAUUCAUAAAUACACAGUCAUCGUCAUCAUCUUUAGCCUUUUCUGUCCUAUCACAGGUGUUACUGUCACCGAGAGGUCUGUGCAGGAGGGCGAGACGUUCAUCUUCCAUCUGCCGAAUAUAGAGUCUGGCAGAUCAGUCGAAUGGAAACAGAUGAAUAAACUGCUGGCCAUCAUUAGCCUGGACAACAACACAGUAAUAUUUCAGCAGGGACGCAGACAUCAGUUCAUGCAGAAUGGGUCAGUCGUCAUCAGAGAUGUCAAACAGGAAGACACCGGCAACUACACUUACAAUAUCAUAUUCAAAGACAAAAAAAUUCAAAGCCACAUCCUCUCACUUACCCUGUACUCAGAAACUACAGAACAGAGCCCUACUUAUAACUCCACAUUCAUUACAUCAGAAACUACAGAACAGAGCCCUACUUAUAACUCCACAUUCAUUACAUCAGUUCCUCCGGCUCUUAAUAAAGUGCAGAUCGUGAUUAUCAUCUCAUCACUCGGAAGUUUGCUUCUGCUUGGCGGUGUGAUAGUCAUCGUUUUAAAAUGCAGAAGGAAACGUCGGACUCAGGAGGAACCCAUUUACAGCAACAUGUAUUACAACACGAGGACAUGCAGAAAAAAGGUCACAGGUGACCAGAAGCAAACGAAAUCAUGAAAUUCAAUCAUUUUUCUUUAUACGUCUUUAUGACACUUAAAUGUUCAUAGCAUCUUGUAGGUUUGCAUGCAAGACCCGACCUGAAACAGAAACGUGUGCAUCUGUGGUUUUGGAGGCGGUUAUUUUAAGGGUCUGGUUCGUCUUUUGCAGUUGUCAGGAAAUUGUUUUACUUGCAUGUCUGCUGGGCACUGCAAACACAGCCCUCUUUUGUUCUCUUUUAUAUAUGUUGUAUCUACAAGAUGACUGUAUACUGGAUACUUUAAGACUUUCCAAAUGACUUUUUGUAAAGCAAAGACAAUCACACUUUAGAAUAGUAUGUACUUGUGGAUGUCUGUCUAUACUGUGAAAGAAAUAUGAAUCUUAUCUGUCUGAACUUAACCUAAUUUAGAGACUUUAAGGGUUCUUCAGGUGUCCCUCUGUGGGAAAGACAAAUACUGUAGAACCCUGCUUUGGAAGCACCCUAAAUUAUCCAAUGAACCUUUAAAGAAACCUUUGUUUUGUUUUUAAGAGUGUAUGUAGUAACUGUGUAAGUAUGUGGCGCAAAAUUCCAAAUCAUUGCUCUGUUUUUUGUUUGUUCUCAAAAAAAAAAAAAAGGCCUAGAAAUGCCUUUUUAUUUUUAUUUUUUAAUUUUUUUGGAAGCUACAGUAGGAAACCUUAAUUAUCCAUUGAACCCUUAAAGAACCCUUGAAGAAUCUAGAAGAAAACUGACUGAAUACUAAACCCCUGACUGGAUUGGUGCAUUAAGUAGAAAAUAAUAUAGCACAAUGUGGAGUUUGUACCACAAUCUUACCUCGUUAUUACAUACAGUACACGCGCUCUGAGAAACAAAGGGUUCCUCGGGGGUUCUUUCAGGGUUUAAUGGAAAAUUAAGGGCUCUGUUUUCUUCUUUUGUUUUGUUUUUUUGUUUUUUUUAGAUGUUAGUGAGUUUGUAAAGUGAAACUCACACAUUAGUGCGAGUUGUACUUCUGUAGCACUCACGCUACACUGAUGUGUUCAAAACAAAUAGAAUUGUGCCUGUAAGAGAAUAAGAUAAACACUGGAUUUAUGACUGAAGCGUAAAAUCCAAAAAGUCCAUGUAAAUUUACAACAAUGAAUUGUUUAUUCUGUCAUUUUUGACAAAUGAAAACUUUUUUUUUUUGUGGCAGAUCGCAUGCUUUAGAAAAUGUAGGUGUUUUGUAAACGUUUUCAUUUUAAUAUGUAAUAGUUCAUUUUAACAUAGGGUUAGGGUUAGGGUUAGGUUUAGGGUCUAACACUAACCCUAACCCAGCACGUCUGUAUUACAUAGGAAAAAAACACACUCACUAUGUACGUGAGGUAAAACAUCACCUCAUUAUAGCGUCAUGAAUGAUUGCACACCCCUAUAUUUUGCUUGCCUGGAAACCUAAUUUUUUUUAUCGAAUCAUUUAAGGAUCGCUAGUUAAGUGCAUUAAUACAGUGUAAAGAAAUAAAUGUUGUGUUCAAAACAAACGUACAGUUUUAUGCAAAAGUUUGGGCACUCCUGGGCAAAUUCAGUAAUUGAGGCAUGUCGCAAAAGUUCCGCUUGUAAGGUCUCAGAACUUGAGCUUGUUAGGCCUUAAUUAUCUGAUUGGGAUUAACUGUUAGCCAGGUCGAGACUUGUCAUUAGUAAUAACAAUUCCGUCGUCAUAACUCUUCAAACUACCCCGGGCUCCUCUAAGCAGCUGACUGAGCACCUGAAAAUCAAGCUAUUUUAGUUGAAGCCUACAAAACGGAGGAAGGCUAUAAAAUGUUUCUAGCUGAAAUGUCAUUAAUAAAUGGUGGUUAAGAAGAACUUUCGAAGUCAAAGUAAGAGUUGGAAGACUAAAAAAAAAUUCAAAUAAAACUCAGAUAAAACUGCCAAUAUGCAAAUCCUCCAAUGGCAAUAAAGACUUGCAGGAAGGUUUAUCUGACCCAGGAGUGGUAGUGCACAUUUCUACUCAGAUCGUAUUUUGCAGUUGUGGUAGCAAAAUAUGAUCUGAAUGGAAGAGUUUUCAGAAUGAAACCUUGCCUCUGAUCUCAUCACAAAUAUCAAUCUCGGAGGUAUGCAGAAAAGAAAGCCCAAUGCGUUUUGGAAACAAGUCCUAUAGACUGAUGAAGUAAAAACAGAAGUAUUUGGCCACAGUGACUAAAACGGUGGAUCGGUUAUGCUUAGGGGUUGUGUGGCAGCCAGCGGAAUAGGAAACAUUGCACAAGUAGAAGGAAGAAUGGAUUCCAGUAAAUUCCAGCUAAUUCUGGAAGGAAAUGUGACACAAUCUGUAAUGUCACUGAAUCUGAAAAGAGACUGACUUCUAUAACAGCACAAAACAUGCUUCAAAAUCCACCAUUUCAGACAAAAGGAAGACUUUUAACCUGUAAACAGGAUAUAGCAGACCACCUGUCUUAGAAAGUCUAGUGUAGGUGUUAUAAAAACAUAAAAGUGUGUCUGCACUCAUAAAUAGCUUCUCCACCCACAAUGACUGGUAACACACACACACACACACACACACACACACACACACACACACACACACACACACAGGCAGGCCUCCUCUAACUGUGUGACCAAAAACCACCAAGUGCACAAGGUUCAAUAAGAGACCAGUGUUUACACUGGAUUAUGCAAGAUCUUUCCAACCUUCUUGGCUAAAUAAAGAGUUUUUAUUAAUA